AAACAGGCAAAAUCAUUACCUACUUUGUGGAAGUAAUUAAAUAAAAUGAACGAAAAACAAAAAGUAUGUUGCUGCUCUGGCCCAUCCUAUCGAGAGAGGCGUCUCAACUGCCCACAGAUUGCCACUGUGGUGCCUCUCAGCUCGGCAGCUACUCCAUGAGUGCCUCUCAACUGCCACCGUCCUAAACGCUGCCACAGGCCACUGCAGUGCCUCUCACCUGCCACCAGCAUGCCACUCAUGGAGUCCAGUGCCUUGGCCAGUCACUUUCUCUCUCCAGAGUCGACGGUGACCUCCCUGCUAUCGAGCUCAGGUCACCUGAGGAGUAGCCUGAUGCCUCCUGAACACAACACUUCCUUCAGAUACAGAGACAAGGUUCACAAGAACUAUGACUCAGCCUCGGCGGCGUUGGACGCCUACAUCAUGGACUUUGAGAGGAGUAGUGAGAACAGCGAGUCAUUGACAGGAAGGCUGGUUCGACCACACAGUCCGCCCUCCAUGCCGAGCACACUCAGAAACAAAGAGGUUCUCAGGGAACGUUUGACCGACAGGGAGCUGGACUUCCUGAACCUCCCAGUCAGCUCUCUCCAUCACCAUGGCAACAGAGAUAGACUUUCCAUGACGACAGACGAGCUGCUGUCUAUCCCUUACGAUGGCUCGAUGCCUAUCACUCACACCUCUGCCUUCAUCCAAGGUCUCCUGUCCCAGUCUGGAGCGUCCCAGCCCUUCUCCUCCAGACCAGCACACAAAACCUGGGACAGACUCGGCAGCAGCCGUGCUGCACCCCAGCUACACCGCCCUCAUCCAACCGGGAGCUCCAGGUGCAGAGAAAGACCAGGGGCAGCCAUGUCGAAUACAGAUGUUGACAGCUCCUCAGUCCCCUCUCAUACGCACUCUGCACACAGAGCAGUAAGUUCAGAAUGGGCAAAACCCUCUUUGUCCCUUCACCUCCCUCGCUGGUUCACCAGUAACAAGACUGACAUCGACUGUUCUGGAAUCACCAGCGUGCCAGAUCUAAAGUACCCAGCCUGGAUCCAACGCUGUGAUCUCAGCGAGCUGCCGCGGCCGACAGAGUCGAGGCUGUGGGAUGACCACGCUUCCAGAAGCGGACCUCCAUCCUGGGUAGCAGAGCUGGAAGAUGAUGAUCCUGACCAGACCCCUGCACAGGUUGACAGUCAGCAGACUCUGAGAGAUCUGAGGCUUCAGUUUGCAGAACAGAUUUCUCUACUCACUGCAGAGAGAAACAGCUCUGACAUUAUGGAAACACUGUUCAGAGACAACAGAAUAGAGUGUCUGAUCCAGAAGGCGGAUCAGGUGUUGAACUGUCUUUCUCAGAGUUGUGAAAAAGCACACAGUCCUGCAGACCCAGUCAGUCCUACUGAUGGUGUUGAAGAAGCUGUCAGUCCAGUGAACACUGAGGAGCUGCUGCUCUGUUCUUCCUCUCACUGUUGUCCGUUCACUCGGGACUCUGCUGCAGCAGGGUGCAUCACAGAGGCUCAUACUGACAGAGGAGCUAAGGCUCGGGGCUCUGGACUUCAUGGAAACAGCCUCUUUAAGCAGCCCGGUCCAGUGGAGGCUCUGAAACAGAUGCUGUUCAGACUGCAGGCAGUGGAGGCAGAGCUUCAGCGACAACCGGCAUCAGUAGAUCCAACACUUGCUGAUGUGCUGCAGACACAAGAGGCUCCCGUGAAGCAGAGGCCUGAAGGUGAAGCAGAGUUGGAGAGUUUUCCUGGUGGACCAUCACUACAGAGAGCAAUGCAUCACCUGAGCCGGCUGAAGGUGCUGGUGGAAGAACCCAGAGACAAACACACAGAGGAGGAAGGGGAGAAAGAUGAAGAUGGACGCUACGCCUCCUGCUGACCGACUCGUCUGCACUCUGCAAAAGCCCUCCUGAAGCUAAAACAGCAAGGGACUUUCUGUCGGUGUCGCAGUCAGUCGGUGCUCUCACUGUCCUUUUGUUACUAUUGGAUGAAGUCUGCUCUUGAUUUGUGUAUUAGAUGAAUAGGUGUGAUUCAUCUAAAAACUAACCCAAUACAGAGAACAAACCAGACUGAUUUGGAAAUUCAUGAAAUGUGUGUUAAAGUUGUGUAAAGUGUUACAGGAAAGGGAGCUGUGAAACUUUAGACACAGUUGACUGUUCUGGUGGUUAAACACUUGGAAAGUAUACAGAAACCAAAAAUAAUCAAACGAACACUGACCUUUUUGGAAAUCCUCUUGUUUGACAUUUGACCAGGUUCAGAUGAGAGGAUGGUUUCAAUAGCUCUAAUGCGAAGUCCCUAACUGACUCUUUCUCACGUUUCUAUUAAAAGAAAAAAUGUUGUU